AUGCCAUCUCCCCCGCACCUCCCUAUGCCGGAUAAUAACAAUAACGAUUCGCCAGACGGCACAGCAUCCACGAAUAAGCAUUCUAAUGUCGAGACAUCUUCACGGGAAGGCAGUGAGCCAACUUCAAUGCUAGAUGCGGAUAGAGGAGAGGCGGUGGUGGCGGAUCGGCAGAGUGUCUCGGCAGAGGGGAUCAUCGAUCGACAGGAUGGCGGGAAACAACCAGAGACUGCUUCUGUUGCACCUAAGCCUGGUCCUUCCCCGCCACAUAGCGAUACCGAACAAAGCAUCCCUCGCUGCCGUUAUAAUCUUAGGCCAAGAAAAAAGAAAAUUGUGAAAUUAUAA